GUCAAUAUAGGUUAACAUUCUUUUUUCAGCGGACUGUCGUCGCUAGAACGUCUUUUCGACGGUUCACCGUUUUCAAUCCAAGUUAAUCAGCUUGGAUUUAAUUUAACUAGUGAAGUUUGUGAUAUAAUUAUCCAACACAAUGCCGCCCAAGUUUGACCCUAAUGAAAUUAAAAUCGUAAACUUGAGGUGCGUCGGUGGAGAAGUUAGUGCCACAUCAUCUUUGGCUCCUAAAAUUGGUCCGCUGGGUCUCUCCCCCAAAAAGGUUGGUGAUGACAUUGCCAAGGCGACCAGUGACUGGAAAGGGCUCAAGAUCACAGUGCAGCUUAUUGUACAGAACAGACAAGCACAGAUUUCAGUGGUACCAUCCGCGGCCGCCCUCAUCAUCAGAGCCCUGAAGGAGCCCCCACGUGACCGCAAGAAGCAGAAAAACAUCAAACACAAUGGCAACAUCACCUUGGAAGAUGUUAUCGGCAUCGCUAAAGUCAUGAGGCCCCGAUCAAUGGCACGAGAGCUGUCUGGUACAGUGAAGGAGAUCCUCGGAACAGCACAAUCUGUGGGCUGCACGAUCGACGGAAGAGCGCCUCAUGACGUUAUUGUGGAUAUCAACAAUGGAGCUGUAACCAUUGACGAAUAAAUGUUGAUGAUACA